AGAUGGCGAUUUCCCUGCCGACCUGCCAUGCGCGAAACCAAACAGCGGAUUAAAAGCAGCAAAAAGGAAGAAGUACCGAGCGCCAUUGCUCGAGUUGAAAUUUGCGCGAUUAUUCUGAGAACUUGUUUUUAUUGAGAACUUGCAAAGCAAACGGGUAUGGGAUUUGCGGCUUUCUAUUUAAUGCUCCAUUGUUGUAACAAAUUAUCAGUGGGGAGUUUUUCUGCGUCUGAACAGCGCCGUUGAGUCGAGGAUGCUAAAAGAUGAGUUUCUAGCUUAUCUUUUAUUUCACGGUGAUGCCAUACGAAAGAAAUUCAGAAAUUCCUAUGAAUAUUCCGCGACGAAAGGAAAACCUCAUAGUUGACACCUAUGGGAUCAUUGAUGCGUCGUACAUUUAUCAUCCUAUCCACGUUCUCCCUUCUGGGAUUGGUCAUCUUCCUGUCUUAUUCUGGUGAUGAAAUAAUCUCUGAUUCAUCUAAACCUCUCCAGCUUAAAUGGUUGAUCGACAAUCAUGGGUUCGUUCUGAACACGCCCGGAUGCCAGAUACCGGAUUGGGACCCUUAUGAUCCAUCUGUGCUUCCUUUCAUCAGCAAAGUCAAGUCACCAUAUAAGUGUCCGGGAAGACCACAAUUUAUGAACACUAGAGCUAAUGGCGUAAUAACCCUUGACCAUAAACUUCUGAGCUUCUAUUACGGCAUGCAUCCAAAUAAUCUAUCGUGUACUUACCGUCCCAUAUUAAGGGAUCCUGGGACAGAAAAGGAUAGAACAGAUAAUAAAUAUGUAUUAGGAAGUUCUAAGAAAUUGCAGUUUGGUGUUCCUCUGAGCGAUGAAUUUCUUAUGGUCAAAUGUUCUAUGGGGGAUUUUCCGAAUUUAACUCAGUUCAUUCCUUUAGUGCCUCUAAAGUCUGAUGUGGAGGAAGAAAAGAACGCGAAAAGCCAACAUUCAUUAAAUUAUGAAAAACUGAAUAUCAUCAUCGUCGGCAUCGAUUCAGUUUCAAAACUGAAUUUUUUACGUCAUUUCCGAAAAACCCAUCGCUUUUUAAAAGAAAAUCUGUCAUCAUUUGAACUUAAAGGUUAUACUAAAGUAGCUGACAAUACGUUUCCGAACUUAGUGCCAUUACUUACUGGACAUUUUAUCGAGCAUUACUGGAAUGAGUCCAUUCAAGAUAUGUUCUUUGAUGAUAUUGAUUUUAUAUGGAAAAAUUAUUCAGAAAGAGGCUAUCGGACAUUAUUUGCAGAAGAUGCGCCACAUAUAGCAACGUUUAAUUACUUAAAAAGAGGUUUUCGAGAUCCACCAGCUGAUUAUUAUUUCCGUCCCUUCGCACUAGCUGUAGAAAAAUCUGCAGUUAGAAGAGGAAGCAAAGUGAAUUGUUUACAGUCAAAGUUAGAAAUGGAUAUAUUGUAUAACUACUUGAAAGACUUCAUUAAAACGAUGAAUAAUAGACCUCUCUUUGCGUUUACAUUCGUUGCUAGGCUCACUCAUGAUAGUUUGAAUGCUGCUGGGUAUGCCGAUGAGCCAACUUUUCAUCUUUUGAGGGAUUUGCAUGACAAUGGUGCUUUAAAUACAAGUCUUAUGAUUCUCUUUAGUGAUCACGGAAUACGAUUUGGGCCCAUACGCCAAACUUACAUUGGGAAGUUCGAAGAGAGAAUGCCAUUUAUUUAUCUAUUCUUCCCAACAUGGUUUCUACAAAAGUAUCCCGAGUUCGCUGAAAAUCUCAGAAGAAAUCAAGAACGUUUGACAACUCCAUUUGAUAUUCAUGCAACUCUUGUGCAUCUGUUGAAUGUUACUCGACAGUCUGAUUUCAGUGAAGAGAAUGCAACUAUUUCUAGGUUGUCUCCUAAUGGUUUAAGCUUACUGGAAGAGAUACCAAAGGAGAGGAAUUGCGAACAAGCUAACAUUUUACCCCACUGGUGUCCUUGUCAGACUCAUCGACCUGUUCCAGUUACUGAGUCAGUAGUUGUGAAUUGCGCACUUGCACUCAUAGAUACUAUAAAUGAACAACUGAAACCUUACGAAAAUGUUUGCACUCCUUUAAAAAUGGGUAAAAUCCUGGACGCGCGCUUUGGACAAGCUAAUGAUAUGGUGCUACGAUUUGUGAAACAUCAGAAUGAUGUUAUAAAUCGUCACGUUGUUCUUGGUCAAAAGAUAAAUGCUCCAGGCGAUUACUUACUUGUGAUUAGUGUCAACCCAAGCGGGGGUAUCUUUGAAGGUACAGUUAGAUAUGAUAUGGAGGAUGGCACUUACCGUGUGUUAGAUGAUAUUAGUAGACUUAAUGUAUAUGGUAACCAAUCUGAUUGCAUUAAUAGCGCAAGAAUGCGAAAAUUCUGCUAUUGCAGAUCACAAACGCUAUUUCAUAAAUUUUUCAGAACCAUGAGAAACUCAUCACAUGCUUAAAAAUCUGAGUUUCAUUCAAGCUAAAUGGAAUUGUUCAAUAUUCGGUGCCACUUUUAAGAUUCUCCCUAAUGUGAUUUAUAAAAAUCAUUGCUUAGUUGCAUAAAAAUAUUAGGGACAUUUGUCUUUCAAGAUGCAUCAAACUGUGUUUAUUUUCCUGACUUACUAGUAACUAUCUUAAACAUUUACACAUUUAUGUUUGACAAUGUGAUGUUUUUUAUUAAACUAAUGAUUAGUUUGCCAUCUAACAAA